AUGAGAAGUCGUUGUGGUAUUAUUUCGACUCCAUCGAAGAAGGAAGCACAAAAACCAUGGAAAGCGACAACACCACUGCGACCAUUCAAUCAAGGAAUAUAUCGGAAUUGCAUUCGCACGAAGUCUUCGAAAAGUUCUGGCCAGCAUUCAAGUGUAUCUGAAAAAGAAAAUCGGUUGGAUACGCAAGUAUUGUUUUACUGA